ACUGCGUCCCUCUCCGGUACAGAAAGCAAGCUUCCCCUGGUCCGCUGGGAAGAUUCCUGGCUAUCCACCAGACCGAGGCAUCUGAGGGCAGGAGAUGAGGCAAGCAUGCAGGAUAGAACAGUGGAGAGCACUUUGUUCUGACUGCCUGUCCUCCCCACCCGAACUCUGACUCGGCGCCGCACACUCCCCCCGGAGGGGACGGAGGGGGGCGGCGCAGUCACGCGCGCCCCACACUUGCGCUCACAAGCACGCAAGGCUCUGUCUCUCCGCCCCGCACACCUGCGCUCCGCCCCCUGGUCCCGGGCUGGCGACUGGAGAAGGCAUUUGGGAACCUAGGGCGGCUGCGGCGGCGCCCCCCCGCCAUCCCCAUUUCCUUCCCCUUCCCACAGCCGGAGUUGUCCGGAGCCAGCCGCAGCUCCUAACCAGCCCGCAUCCCUCUUCAUCCUUCCCUCCCCCCGCCUGCCGCGGCACCGGUAUCUGCAGCCAGAGCCCGGAGCCGGUGAGGCGGCGAGGGGGGGAGGGGGAGGAAGCAAGGGAUGAGCGCCGGGAGGGCGUCGGGGGCCCUAAGCCGGACUAGGACGUCCCUGGAGCCGGAACCCGAGCCGGAGCCGGAGCCAGAACCAAGCCACCGUCCCUAGCUGCAGCCCCCUAACCCCAGGAGGCGCCCUGGCCCGCGCUCGCCCCCCAGGGCCUCAUGUCGGAACCACAGCCUGACCUGGAGCCGCCCCAACAUGGGCUAUACAUGCUCUUCCUGCUUGUGCUGGUCUUCUUCCUCAUGGGCCUCGUAGGCUUCAUGAUCUGCCACGUGCUCAAGAAGAAGGGCUACCGCUGCCGCACGUCGAGGGGCUCGGAGCCCGACGAUGCCCAGCUCCAGCCCCCUGAAGACGAUGACAUGAAUGAGGACACCGUAGAGAGGAUUGUUCGCUGCAUCAUCCAAAAUGAAGCCAAUGCUGAGGCCUUGAAGGAGAUGCUGGGGGACAGUGAAGGAGAAGGGACAGUGCAGCUGUCCAGCGUGGAUGCCACCUCCAGCCUGCAAGAUGGAGCCCCUUCCCAUCAUCACACAGUGCAUCUGGGCUCUGCAGCCCCUUGUAUCCACUGCAGCCGCAACAAGAGGCCCCCGCUUGUUCGUCAGGGACGCUCCAAGGAAGGAAAGAGCCGCCCCCGGCCUGGAGAGACCACCGUGUUCUCUGUGGGCAGGUUCCGGGUGACACACAUUGAGAAGCGCUAUGGGCUACAUGAGCAUCGUGAUGGCUCUCCCACGGACAGGAGCUGGGGGUCUGGUGGAGGGCAGGACACAGCGGGUAGUCAGGGGUCCGGGGGAGGGCAGCCCAGGGCAGGGACACCUGCCAUUGAGAGUGUGCCCCCUGAAAGGCCACAGCCCCCAGGCCUCGCCAGUCCCCCAGUGCAGAAUGGAGGACUCAGGGAUGGCAGCCUAAUCCCUUGUGCACUUGAGGGGAACGCUAGAGCCUUCGCAGAGCCCAUGCCUGGGGCUGGAGAGAGGGGCCCAAGCCCAGGACUGGCCAGUCGAGAGGCAAUUGGACAGUCAAGCAAACUGGACACCUCAGAUCACCAGGUAUCCCCACCACGGGGAGCAGGGGGUGUGUGAGGUGAGUCUGCCUGGGCCCCAAAUCAGAUAAUCUCAUCUUCCCACCCCCUACUUACACCACCUAAGCCCAUUAGCUCACUGUACUCCCCAGGAUGGCCUUUGCUGCAAAUUCUUUGGUUUAGUGAUGGGGAGUGGGCAUGUGCUCCAGCAGACAGGGAAGGUCCUGCAGCCCCCAGGGGAAAGCUGAGACACAUCCUGAAUAGAAAGCAACACUGUUACCCUUCCUCUCCUCCAAGCCUCCUUCUUCAUUGUGCUGAUGGACUACCAGCUGGCAGGGCCAGGGGGUGGGCGGGCAUGAAGGCCCUCCUCUCCACUGGACAGCACUGUCCCCACCUGAGGAACCAGCUCUACUUCUAUCUGGAGUUGCAUGGCCUCAGGCUGGGGGACCUCGGGAGAAGUCUCAACCCCAUCCCUCAGUAUCUUUCACUUCCCCUGCCUGCCAACAGGCCGCCUGACCCCUUCCCCAUUAUCUCGCUCCAUUUGCUAGAGCGUGGCAGCUGGGAGCAGGCCCCUGCCCUUGGUGGGCCCCUAAAGCAAUAGCACCUUAGGCCCCCUGCCCUCUUGGCAAAAGAGGUCCAGGCCCUGGCUUGGGCUUAGUGCCCUUUAUUCACUGUCAAUAAAUCCGCUCAGACCAUUA